GAAAUGAUGUCUCUUGAUGUAUCUGACAGUGCUCAGGUAUAUGCUGCGUUUGUGGUAUACCUGGACCUUUUAGAAGUGAGAAACUGGCACGAAGUGAAGCAUGUUGGAGUAGCAGAACUGCAACUUGUAUGUUUACACGCACGUGAAAGAGAACAGGACAGUUUCCAAGUGAUGGUGCCGGUACCUGUGCACAUCUCCUUAAGCCAUGAGAGGAUAAGAGAAAUUUUGAAGAAAGCAUCUCUCCCCCAAGAUGAUCCCGACACCCCGCUGUCAGUUACCUUGGCCAUAGUUGAGUCAGAUUCCACAGUAGUCUACUAUAAAAUGACUGAUGGCUUUGUAAUACCAGAUCCUCCUGAUGAUACUGAAGUGGAUAAUAAACAGUGGAGAAAGAAAAGAAAGAAGCUUUUCAAAUGA